AUGUCUGAUAAUACUGAAAAUUACUUUUACCGCAACCGUAAUCAUCAAACCCAAGAGUUGUACUUUAGAGAAUGGCUUCCAAACGUCUAUUUACCGAGUGUCAAAGUUCUAAGGAAGGCUAACCUUAAUGUAGCAGAGGCUCAAUAUCAUCAUGAACUUGAGAAAGGUAUAGAAUUUUGUAAUAGAAGCAGUUUGAGAAAUAAACGUAAACUAGAGGAUAUUUUAUUACAAUUUGAUACUAUGCCCAAGUUACAACGCCAAAAAAUUUAUAAAGAUGCUUGGGGAGUGGAAAAAGAAAAGCAUCAAUCGGAGGAACAAGAACAAAAUCUAAUUAUAAUUCAAAAUAAUAUUAAUUUUAUAAUGGGUGGAUGUAAUGCUAAAAUACAUGGCGAAUGCUCAAAAGAAAGCUUAAGUGUAUAUACUGAACUAUUUAAUAUUUUGCAACACUUAGAUUUGGGAACAAUAGAACCAGAGAUUCCAAUAGCAUCGGGAAAACGAAACAAAUUUUAUCAAGGCAUUCAUUCUGUAAUAAUGAAUUUUCCAACCAAAUUGGAUGAAUUUGUAAGUUCAUAUAGCGAACUAAGAACUGAUUUCGAUUUGGCUUUAAUGUUACCUAUAAGCUUUCCCCAUGGAGAGAUGACACUCGGAACUAGACGCAUUCUAAUAACAACUUUUGACUUAUUAGAAGGAUUGCGUCGCAUUUGGAGUUGUAGGCCAUUACUAACAGAAGAAGAUUAUAGUGAGAAUUCUUAUGUAAUUCAUGCGACAAGCAAAUCUUCACAGUGUAGAAAAAAUCAGAUGGGUUCUAUUAAUUUAGGGAAAAAACCUGACCUUCAGGUUUUAUUGAAAUUAGAUAUGAAGGCAAAUGAGUUGGAUUGUUUCGAUGAACGUUAUAAUAUUUUUUUUGAAAAUAGAGAGGACACUUCUUCCGGGGCAAGGUUAAUACAUUGUGAAUUAGAAAAAAUUCCUAUUCUAGAAAUCCAGGUGAUAGGAGAAUGUAUAUUCGUUUCUUUGUUAGAUUUAUUUGAAGGUGUUUUUUACCGGGUUUAUCGAAUUUGCGAGAUUACUAUACCUUUACGAAUUUCCACGCAUCAGGUUGUUGAAGAAUUUUUAAGAGGCAGUCUCAAGUUAAGGGCUAUAGUUAUUGAGAUUGUUGGAAUGUUGGUAAGUAUAAAAGAUGAGAUCAAUCUUCUACCAGCGUGUGAAGAGCGAACUCCAUCAACAUCGAUGAUGUCAACGACAUAUUCUCCACCAAGAAAUUCUUAA